CGGAGGCUGCACACUCUCGCGUCAUCGUUGCUGUUAUCGCGGUGUUUGCGCCGACAUUUCGUGAAGAAACACCCUGCAGAGAGAAGAAAAGACAUCCGUGUAUGACUAAAACGUCAGUGUAUAAAUUGACAAAAUUCCUCGGUUUCAGUGUCCUGCAGAAAUCCUGUAACUCAGUGAAAGUAUACACACUGCUUAGUUGCAUUGAUGACUUGGUUCUCUAUACACUGGAGUAGGUUUUCAAUCUGGAAGCAGCUAUCUGUUCUGGACUUAAAGGUUGUAGGGCUGUUGUUAAACAGUCAAUAUGGCUGUAGUCAUCAGGCUGCAGGGUCUGCCUAUAGUGGCUGGGACCAUGGACAUCAGACACUUCUUCUCCGGCCUAACCAUUCCUGAUGGGGGAGUUCACAUCGUGGGUGGGGAACAUGGUGAAGCCUUCAUUGUGUUCGCCACAGAUGAGGAUGCUCGACUAGGAAUGAUGCGUACAGGCGGGUCCAUUAAAGGCUCUAAAGUGUCACUGUUACUCAGCAGCAAGACAGAAAUGCAGAACAUGAUUGAACUUAGCCGCCGUAGAUUUGAAGCUGGAGCAGGGCCAGUAGAGAUAACGGCACCCACACCUGGAAAUGCAAACCGUCAAGCACUGACAGCCUCCAUACCGACGGUGCAAAGUGGGGCAGGAGGGAGAUCUAGUAGUCAUGGGAAUCAGGGUUUUACAAACACCCCAGCUUCAGUGACUGCUGUAAGCUCAUCACAAGACCAAUCAACUAACAAAGCAGCAGCAACCAUGGCCAAUGUGGCAUCAAGCUUCCCCAAUAACUAUAGUUCAACUCCCACAAUUUCCACAGCUCUAUCAUCACUUAAUGCUGGUCCUCCACCCAUCUCUGCUCUUGCCAACAUGCCCUCCAUGCCCCCAAUGCCCACACUGCCCACUAUUUCAGUUCCUCCUCCAGUGUCCACCCUUCCGCCCGUUCCUUCUGUUACACCUUUAUCCCAAGGUCCUCCAGUCCCACCUAUAGCCCACCUUCCUCAUAUGUCCUCUCUACCUCCCUUCAACCCCUCCUUACCUCCCCCAGCAGGACUGGGCUCAGGUCUGCCUUUUGGAACCCCUAAUCCCAUGUUGUUCAACCCUCUUUCUCCAUUGGCCUCACUUGGCCUUCAAGCUCAUAUGAAAGCUGCAGCAGUUGUUGCCACUGGAGCAGGGGGAUCAAACCCUGAUGAAUUGUAUGUUCUCCUCCAAAAUCUCCCAUUCUCCUGCUCGGAGAUGGAAGUCAGGGACUUUUUUCGAGGUCUUGGAGUAGAUGGGGUUCGCCUACAGAGGGAUGGGCAGGGUCGACCAAAUGGAAGGGCUUUUGUCAAAUUCUUCUUGCCCCAGGAUAGUUUUGAAGCUUUGAAGCGAGGUGGUGGCAUGAUGGGCCAGAGAUUCAUUGAGAUCAGUCCGGGCUCUGAGCAUCAGUGGGCCAGCAUCAGUGACAGUAGGAUGAGCCAUGUGUCUCAUAAUACUAGUAAAUUACAUAAUGAGCCCCAUGAUCAUCAGAACCGUCGCAUCAAUGUUGGUCCUGGAGGCAGAGAUCAACGAGAGAGGUCACGAUCUCCUCACAGGCAGGAGUUUUGUGUCUAUCUGAAAGGUCUGCCUUAUGAGGCCAACAAGAGACAAAUUAAGGAGUUUUUCAACAAUUUGGCCAUUGUAGAAGAUAGUGUCUUUAUUUCUUAUGGCCCAAAUGGGCGGGCUACAGGGGAGGGCUUCCUUGAAUUUAAGUCAGAACAGGACUACAAGGCUGGGCUUGGAGCUCAUAUGCAAUACAUGGGCUCCCGCUUUAUCCAGGUCCAUCCAAUCAGCCGAAAAGGAAUGCUAGAAAAGAUUGAUGCUAUCCGCAAACGUGAAGCAGGACAAGGUGAUGGCAAGAACUUAGAUGGCAUGAAAACACCAAGGAAUUGUGUACACAUUAGCAACAUUCCCUACAACAUUUCCAAGAAGGAUGUCCGUGCCUUUUUUGAUGGUAUAGGCAUAUAUGAGGAAACGCUGAAAGUCCUGACAGAUAGUAAUGGCAAUGGUUUGGGGCAGGCCAUCCUACAGCUGAGAACUGAGGAGGAUGCUCGCAAAACUGAAAGGCUACACCGCCAAAAACUCAAUGGCCGUGAUGCCUUCGUCCAUUUGGUGACCUUUGAACAGAUGAAAGAGAUUGAGAGAAAUCCUCCACCUCAAAACAAGCGAGGUCAACGCAACCAAAGCCAUCAGAACCAAAACCAGCACCAGCAGGCACCACCUAAUCCCCAGCAGCCCCAGAUUAAUCCCUUUGCAGCCAUGAGUGGUGAUGAAUUUACCUUUCUUAGAAACACCAUGGGCAACCUCAACAGUAACCCGUUUGUUACACCAUUCUCUGCCCCAGGUAACGGGCUUGCAGGUCCUCCUCCCAUGCCUCCUUUGGCAGCAGGGUUAGGGGAAGUAAAUCUAGGUGUUGCUCCUCCUCUGGUUCCAGGAAUAUCUGGCGCUCCUAUCUUGGAGCCACCUGGUUUUCGCCCUGGAGCUACUGGAGGAGCUCCUUUUGGCCAGGAUGGGCUUCGAGGCCUAGUACCGUUUGACAAUGGCAAUAGAAAGGGAGGUGGAGGAGGAGGACAGAACCGGGGUGGAGGGCCUAACACCACCACCAAUAACCAGGGACUUCCAAGUGGUGGAGCAGCAGGUGGACAGCAAGUGUUUACUCCUGGGAACGAAGCCCUCCGGAACCCUCCGGCCCCUGGAGGAUCCAACAACCCCAACAAUCAGCGUAAUGCUGCUGGUCCAACAAUCGUAAAGCUUCAGAACAUGCCAUUCACUGUAACUGUGGAUGAGAUUAUGGACUUCUUCUAUGGUUACCAGGUGGUACCAGGCUCAGUCUGCUUACAGUUCAAUGAUAAAGGCAUGCCAAAUGGUGAAGCAAUGGUGGCUUUCCAGAACCAAGAUGAGGCCACUGCUGCAGUAAUGGAACUUAAUGACCGACCUAUUGGAGCACGUAAAGUUAAAAUAAACCUGAUUUAAAUAUUAUUAAUAAAUGACUGUAAAUAAGAUUUUACAUUCGUCUGGAUCAACAACUCUGGCUAAACCAUGACUGAUUCUGAAGUAAGCCAGUUGUCAAGAACCUUGUUGAGACCUUCAGCUCAGUGACUGUCAUUACCAAAACUCCUCCUUUGUGUAGAUACCUACAGGUAAGCCCUGCCACUUGCAGGCUGUCCAUAAAGGACUGUAAUCCACAUUUUGUUUUUUGGUUAUUUUUCUGCAUUUGCUCCACUGACUUUGCUUCUACAAACCCACAAUGGUUGCGAAUAUGAUGGUUAUAAUGAUGUUGGCAGGAUUUUGGUCCUUCCAUAUUAUUUUCACUGAGAGUGUAGCUUUUUUUUCCCUCAUCAUGUUGUCUACAGUCAUCUGUCUUUCUUUGCUCUGAUAACCUUAUUGUAAAGUGUCAAACAUUGUUGCUGUAUGUGCUUAAUGCUCUGCUGCUGUGGUUUGAAAUAUACAUGCUCUGUUGCUUGGUAAGAUGAACAACCACAGUAUGAUGCUGUGAUAAAAUGUUUGUUUUUUUGAUAUGGUAAAAAUUUACAUGCACUGUCGCUGCAUUCAAAUCUUUACAUCCUAUGUUGCUUUGAUGAAAUUUGCCGCUGUGUUGAACUCAUAAUCCAUAUUUAAAUUUUGAAAUUGAGACGCUUUCUUUGCUGCGAUUAAAUGUUUGUGACCUGUUGCAAUGGUGAUUAUGCUUACAUCCCCUAUUGUUUAUUAAAAUAAUGCUGAUUAAAACUGAUGCAUUGGUCAGUGUUACCACAUAGAGGAUGUGGAAUGGCAAGAUAGUGGAGUCAUGUUUUUCUUUUUUAACAGAGCUGCUAAUUUCUUUUUUUCUGUCACAUUUUAUGAUACUGCAUUUUUUUAAUUAUGCUUCUCUGAAUACCCCCAAACCCCUUUCUGCAGAAAAUGUUUUGUAGGUGUUUGGACUGUAGAGUUCUGAGAUGAAGUCUGUAGUGUUUUUAGUUUCUUAGCAUUAUGUUGCUUGUAAGUUCUAUCAUGAUUCUGAUGUUUCCACCUUAAAGCUCGUAUUUGUUUCUGAUAUUGCUGUGAACAAAUUUGUAUGAUCAUAUUACCAUACCUGAUGUGGAGUCUCUCCUUUGCUCUGGCUAAUAAAUUGACAUUCUUCACCUGCAGUGAUCUUUUC